CCGGCCACCGAGGGGAGCAGCCAAGAAGAAGAGCCAGGGUGGGUAGUGAAAGAAACAAAACAGCACGCAGGCCUUGAAUAAAUUCUAACUCCGACGUGGUCAUUAUAAAGUAAAACCAUCGUUUUGAGCUGGCGUGUACCACAGUGACGUAUUUCAUCUUGACAGAGCCCAUGUUUUGAGAAUUCUGCUGGCAUCGAUUUGAAAAAUUCCAUGACUGGUCCCAGAAGUUCCAUGACUGGUCCCAGAAGAUAUAUUCCAGAAGUUUUCCCCAUCAAUGUGAGCUGUACGAUCAAUCAGCUGGUCUACAAAAAGAUCCUGUGGCGUUUGCGUAAUUCAGUUCAUGAGAAGAGGCGAGAGUCGUGGCAGGACAACGUGGCUGCUUCACCAUGACAGCAAUCCUGCUCACAAUGCCUUGAGCAUCUGACAGUUCCUGGCCGAGAAGAACAUUGCUUUGCUGGAGCAACCACCCUACUCAUCCGACCUGGCUCAGUGUGAUUUUGUUUCUCUCUUUCCCAAGCUCCACAGGGUCAUCAAGGGGACCUGUUUUGAAGAUGUGGACGAUGCAGCUGUGGAGGAUCCUUGAAGAAUCCUUCCAGUAGUGUAUGCAGGUGUGGCUGAGAUGGUUUUGAAAAUGAAUUAUACUCCAGGGGGGUUACUUCAAAGGAUAGUUUGGAUUUGAAAUAUAUCUUUUGUGAUACCAGUCCUGAAACUUCUCUGACGCAUCUUGUAUAUCCUGCGUUUUAACUGUAAAAAAUUACCCCAAGCUUUCGCAUGUGGGAACAUAAACUGGCAUGGAGGGCCAGAUCUGGUCCACGGACCUUGGGUUCGGCACCUGUUAUUUUCCUGACCGAACUGGAUCGUCAUUGUAAACCUUCAUAUCUUGUUACUUUUAUUUAUUCAUUUAUGUUUAACCUGUACUAUGCAACAACUAGCCAAUACUCCUGCGGGCCUGGCCCGAAUGGCCAGAAGACCCCAGAGAAAACGGGGGCAACCCCCUAACCGUUUUAAUGAAGUCUAAUUACGUUCCCUCGUUUAUUUUACAGGUCUCAACAGAAACAGGCUGUAGCCAAGAGAAUAAUCAAUUCAUGACUUCCCCGGAUGUAAAGCGUCGCCAGAGUACUGCAGACCUCAUACACAUGAGUGCUGUUUUCUCCUCGAGCUGGUCCCAGCGCCAUGCCUGAUCGGGACGGCUCCUACCUGUCAGGUGGUGGUGGGAGUGGUGGGAAUCUGAGCGAGGAGGGAGGACCGGGCUCUGCUUGCGCUGCAGAGGGCAGAGGAGGUUCAGGAGGGGGUGUUGGUGGCAUGGGUGGAGGAGGGGCGCUAGGCAAUGGAAAUAAUUGUGGUAAUGGUGGCGGUACUGUGCAAGGCGCUGGACUGACACCGGACGGGGUCUGCAGGGAUUUCAUACGCAAUGUCUGCAAGAGAGGGAAGCGUUGUCGCUUCAAGCAUCCUGACUUUAAUGAGGUACCGGACUUGGGGGUGCAAAAGAAUGAAUUCAUCUUCUGCCAUGAUUACCAGAAUAAAGAGUGCUUGCGCUCCAACUGUCGCUUUGUACAUGGAUCUAAAGAGGAUGAGGACUGUUAUAAGAAAAGUGGAGAACUGCCACUUGGACUCAGAGGAAAGGUUGCAGCACGACUUGGCCUCUCACCAACGGAUCUGCCGCAUAGCAGGGGGGAGGUCCCAAUCUGCAGAGACUUCCUGAAGGGCGAGUGCCAGAGGGGCAAUAAGUGUAAAUUUCGCCAUGUCAAAAAAGACUAUGAAUAUGAACCUGCCAGGGUGGGAGGGGGUGGUGUGAUCGGGCCUGGUGCAGGUGGAAUGGUGAAUGCAGGAAGUGGCGUAGGUGGUGGAGGAGGUGGAGGGGGAACAUGUGGGGGGAUUCCAGGACUUGUAGGAGGUGUGAGUGGCAAUAAUAUCAUGGGGAUGGGCUGCCCAAGUUUGGGUGGUUGCAGAGAUCCAAGCCUGGCUGGAGUCGGGGGUGUUGGUGCGGGAGGAAUCGGUGGCUGUCUAGCAAUAGGUCCCUCUGGGCAGAGGCGGUACGACAGGAGUUCGCUGUCUGUGUACGACCCCUUGCUUGAGAGCGGGCUCUUUGAUUCCACAGCAUUGGACAGCUCACUAGAGCACACUGCUCUUCAGAUCAAGAGGCGGCGGCUGGAAGGCCUGCGACUGGCAGACGGCAGCGUCGGUGGACACUAUGACCUCGGAGUCCAGGCCACCUUGCCCACACGCUCUCUAGAAUACAGGUUCUUGGAGGAGGAAAACAACCUACUGAGGAAGAGAGUGGCAGAGUUGAAGAAACAGGUUUCCAACCUUAUUGCAACAAACGAGGUUCUCCUUGAGCAGAACGCCCAAUUCCGAAGUCAGGCUAAAGUGAUGGCGCUGUCCUCCACGCCUUCCCCCGCUGAGCAGACUCUUGCAGCCCCUGUGGGUGCGGUCAGCUCAUACAAUCACAGCAUCGCCCAGACUCACACCACGCUGAGCAGCACCGGGCUGCAGCCUCGACCCGUCACCCAGCAGGACCUGGUGGCGCCCACCGGCGCCCCCGUGGCGCCCCCCACCAAUGCCGCACCCCAGACGGCGCCGCCCCCUCACCUCAACCCCGAAAUCACCCCGCUGUCGGCUGCUCUCGCGCAGACCAUCGCCCAGGGGAUGGCGCCUCCUGUUUCUAUGGCGCCGGUGGCCGUGUCCGUGGCUCCGGUGGCCGUGUCCAUGACGCAGCCUCUGCCGGGCAUCACGAUGAGCCACGCCACUACGCCCAUGGUGUCGUACCCAAUCGCCAGUCAGAGCAUGAGGAUAACCACUCUGCCUCAUAUUACCUGAUAAAUGGUCAUAACAUGGCCUGAAGCGUCCUCUAUGGAGAUUUUAAAACUGACUCUAUUGGGGCCACGUUGAAAACAAAGAAAUUAUAUAACAAUACAAGAACAGGACUUGAUUGACAGUAAAUUAUUUCGAGAAUAAAGUUGAAAUAAUACAACUAAAUUGUCU